GUCGCCCUCUUCUACCUUUCUCGUCGAUCAAUGACUAGCGUAGUAGCCGGAUCGACGGAAAUUCGCGUUUCCGUCGCGGAUUGACGUUCUUUUCCAGAAAGAUGGCUCCGAAACCGAAGCCCACGGAGAAGGCAGGUAAGCCUGCAGAGAAAAAGACAGAGAAGAAGGCUGAAAAAAAACCGGCCACAGCAGCGGCGUCUACCUCAAAGGUGACAAAACCUGCGGCCAAGCCUGCAGCUGCGAAAAAACCAGCGGCUACCAAACCAGCAGCCGCCGCUAAACCGGCCGCCAAGCCAGCGGCGAAGCCUGUGCUUAAGCUUGCAAGCAAGCCAUUGAUCAGCAAACCCAAGAAAAAUGUUCAGGCUGCCAAGAAGACGCCGAAGGGAGGAAAGCCAGCAGCUCCACUGCAAAAGGCUCUUAAGGCCCAGAAGAAGAUCUUGAAGGGAGUCCAUGGUUCCAGAGUACGGAAGAUCAGAACGUCCGUUCACUUCCACAGACCCAAGACUUUCAGGCCACCGAGAAAUCCCAAAUAUCCGCGCAAAUCUGUGCCGAAUAGAAAUCGCAUGGACGCAUUCAACAUCAUAAAGUUCCCAUUGACGACAGAAGCGGCGAUGAAGAAGAUCGAGGACAACAACACUCUAGUCUUUAUCGUGCACACUCACGCCAACAAGUACCACAUCAAGGCAUCGAUUAAGAAACUUUAUGACGUUGAUGUAGCGAAGGUGAACACUUUGAUCAGGCCAGACGGCAAAAAGAAGGCUUAUGUGCGUCUGACACGCGAUUACGACGCGCUCGACGUUGCUAACAAGAUUGGCAUCAUAUAAUUUCUAUUUCACUUUUUGUUUAGAAAUAAAAUUAAUACGUCUUGUACCGAUAUAAUAAAAAGAUAUCGAUGCAGACAGA